AAUUUACUUUCCUAAAUGAAUUUCACCCACCGCCACGAGAAAUCUAUAAGAUGUCAAGCCACACCUUUCCCAAAUUUCACCCAUCUAUGCUGUCCCCAACCUACUUCUUUUCUCGAUAAUUAAUUUCGAUCUCGAACCUCUCCGACGUUGUUUUGGGCGGAGGAAGCAAGAACACGACGAGUGUCCCGGCCGGAGAGCGGAUAGAUAGGCCACGCAGUCAGAUUCUCUGAUCGAAGAACACACGGAAACGAUGAAUCGACUCAUGUGGAUUCCGCUGUUGAUUCUGGGUUUGAUGGCAUCUCACUGCUACGCUCAGAAUUGUUCGGAUCACGUCUUCUCCAACAACGCCAAAUUCGCCACCUGCAUCCGUCUUCCGGUCCUCAACUCCUUCCUCCACUGGACCUACCACAGCAGCAACCACACCGCCGACAUCGCCUACCGCCAGACCAAUGUCUCCGCCUCCAACUGGGUGUCUUGGGCACUCAAUCUCGUCGGAAAGGGGAUGGUCGGCUCGCAGUGCCUGGUGGCCAUUCCUACCGCCGCCGGCGGAUUCCGCGCCUACACUUCCCCUGUCACCAGCUACGCCACUCAGCUUGCGCAGGGCACACUGAGCUUCAAGGUUCCGAAUAUCUCAGCCGAGUUCGCCAAACAAGAGGUGGUCAUAUUCGCCACCGUCCUCCUCCCUGCCAACCAGACCAGUUUCACCACCGUCUGGCAAAAGGGCCCCCUCUCCGGCACCUCCCCUGGAAUUCACGAUAUGACCCCCGCGAACAAACAAUCUAUUCAGAUAGUCGAUUUCGCCACAGGCCAGACCACCUCCGGUGGAAACGUAGUCACGUCUGUUAUGCGCAGAAGAAACAUUCAUGGCGUGUUGAACGCCAUCAGCUGGGGUAUACUGAUGCCCAUGGGCGCGAUGAUUGCAAGGUACGUGAAGGUAAUCCCAUCAGCCGACCCGGCCUGGUUCUAUCUACACGCUGGCUGCCAAUUCUCCGGUUACGUCAUAGGCGUCGCGGGUUGGGGCACCGGCCUGAAGCUCGGUUCCGAAUCCAAGGGAAUUACAUUCAAGACCCACAGAUGUAUCGGCAUCACUCUCUUCUGCCUUGCCACUCUUCAGUUAACCGCGUUGUUUUUGAGACCAAAACCGGACCACAAAUUUCGACCGUAUUGGAAGUACUACCAUUUGAUCGCGGGGUACACGACGAUUGCACUGAGCAUCACCAACGUGUACAAGGGAUUUGAUGCAUUGGGGAGGGAGGAUAAUUGGAAGAAGGCUUACACCGGGGUGAUCAUUGCCUUGGGCAUUGUGGCUGUUAUCUUGGAAGCCAUAACAUGGCCCAUUGUGAUCAAGAGGAAGAGGAAGAGCACGAACCCGAAUGAACCAAACGGAGGUGCAGCUUUUGCGGCCUAGCUACAUAUUACUUUCAUUACUGUCUGUAUACACACAUUGAUCUUUGUUAUUGGGGCCGCAGUACGGUAGUUUUACAUGUUCGAUCUUAGCUGCACUUUUGAUUAUUUUUUCCCCCUUUUUUGCUAUAUACAUAUUCUUGGGGUUAGCUUGAAUGUGUUAGAAUCAUUUUUUAUGUAUGACUUCAGUAGUCUGGAGACUUUGAUUUGGAUUUACGAGUAAAAUCUUAGCACACUGAUGAUCCCGUGAAAUAAUCUUUUGCUUUCCUUUUCUUUUUAGUACAAAUCUUUUUGAUGUACGAUUUCAUUGCAGAUUUUGAGGUAUUACCUUCGCAC